AUGUCUUGGCUAGUGUUUGGGCUAAUAGCCUUGGCCAUCACAGGAUCUCACAGCUGCCUAAAGUGCAGCCAGAAUGCCAUGGUAGUGUUGAGGGAAUUCAAAGAUAACUACUUGGAGACGAAACUUCACAGGAACCUUGAACUUAGAACAAAACUGCGGAGUCUGCUGGACGAUGCCAUAGAGAUGCUGUCGCUUCAGCCCAAAGAUCCCAAAAAAUUCAUGGGUGUUAUUGAUGAAAUCACCUUAGAAAAACUCACUGCCUACUUCAAACGCUCUGUGAACCAGAUCAUGGAAAACAACUUUAAAGAUGAACAACUGUAUAAUGAAGUAAUGUGGAACAGCCAGAGCUGGUUGAACAAAUUUGAGGAGAUAAUGCCAAAAUUUACAAAGAUUUAUUGCAGCAAUGAAUGUGGUCGGAUGCUUUAUGUGCUCAUCAACUGCUACUCAUGUGAGACAAAUUAUUACUCAUGCUACAAGGAUAUCCGGUGUGGAGAAAGGAGGAUACGAGUGGAAAUGGAUGAAGAUCUGAUUCUGGAUUGUGCUCUGAGGUGGCACAAGUUAAGCCACGGGGUGAAGAGAUACAACUUCUACCGGAUGGUGAAUGGCAAACCGCAGCUGAUGGCCAACAGUCUGGAUCCCUUUCUGGUAAAGAAGGAGGCCAACGUAAAUGACACGGGCAGAUAUCAGUGUGAAAUGCUGGAUCCGGAGGGCCAUCCUGCCAGCAGGCUCAACUUCCAAGUAGUAGUGCUGCCUUCAGUCAGGAGGACCACCUGGUUCCCCCGGCCACAUGCCACGAUGGAAGGCCCCCUUGUCUUAGGGAUCUCCUCCCGGGCGCCCCCUCCCCAAGAGGACUGGACGGUUUGGAUCGUGAUUGGGAGCACAGGAGCGCUGCUGUUCCUCAUUGUCGUGACGUUCUUAUGUUAUUAUCGUCGUAAGAACGACAAUGAGGAUGAAGAGGAAGAUGACGAUGAGAGUGAGAGUAAGUCGUCAGAACUGGCGGAAAUGUGA